AUGUCUUCGACUGACGAACAUAUUGAGAAGGACAUUUCGUCGAGAUCGAACCAUGAUGAUGAUUAUGCUAAUUCGGUACAGUCAUACGCUGCCUCAGAAGGUCAAGUUGAUAAUGAGGAUUUGGCAGCUACUUCCCAGCUAUCCCGUCACCUUUCAAACAUUCUUUCCAAUGAAGAAGGUAUUGAAAGAUUGGAAUCUAUGGCAAGAGUCAUUUCGCGUAAGACAAAGAAGGAAAUGGACUCAUUUGAAAUUAAUGACUUAGAUUUUGAUUUGCGUUCCCUAUUACACUAUUUAAGAUCUCGCCAGCUAGAACAGGGAAUUGAACCUGGUGAUUCUGGUAUUGCCUUCAAGAACCUAACAGCAGUUGGUGUUGAUGCCUCUGCUGCAUAUGGGCCUAGUGUUGGAGAGAUGUUUAGAGAUAUUUCCAAUAUACCGGCACAUCUAAUGAGUAAAUUUACGAAGAAAUCUGAUGUCCCAUUGAGGAAUAUUAUUCAAAACUGUACGGGUGUCGUUGAAUCUGGUGAAAUGUUAUUCGUUGUUGGUAGGCCAGGUGCAGGAUGCUCCACUUUCCUAAAAUGUCUAUCUGGUGAAACUUCAGAAUUAGUUGAUGUACAAGGUGAAUUUUCCUAUGAUGGUUUGGAUCAAAGCGAAAUGAUGUCCAAGUAUAAAGGUUACGUUAUUUACUGUCCCGAGUUAGAUUUCCAUUUCCCAAAAAUCACUGUGAAGGAGACAAUCGAUUUUGCCCUAAAAUGUAAGACUCCUCGUGUUAGAAUUGACAAAAUGACCAGAAAACAAUACGUUGAUAACAUCAGAGAUAUGUGGUGCACCGUUUUCGGUCUAAGACACACAUAUGCUACCAAAGUCGGUAACGAUUUCGUGAGAGGUGUCUCUGGUGGUGAACGUAAGCGUGUUUCCUUGGUUGAAGCUCAGGCAAUGAAUGCCUCCAUCUACUCUUGGGAUAACGCCACAAGAGGUUUAGAUGCUUCUACUGCUUUAGAGUUUGCUCAAGCCAUUAGAACGGCUACAAAUAUGGUAAACAACUCGGCUAUUGUUGCCAUUUACCAAGCUGGUGAAAAUAUUUAUGAAUUAUUUGAUAAAACUACUGUUUUAUAUAACGGUAGACAAAUUUACUUCGGUCCUGCUGAUAAAGCCGUUGGAUAUUUCCAAAGAAUGGGUUGGGUUAAACCCAACAGAAUGACGUCUGCAGAAUUUUUAACAUCUGUUACCGUCGAUUUUGAAAAUAGAACAUUGGAUAUUAAACCCGGUUAUGAAGAUAAAGUUCCAAAAUCUAGUGCAGAGUUUGAGGAAUACUGGUUAAAUUCUGAAGAUUAUCAGGAACUUUUAAGAUCUUAUGAUGACUACCAAAGUAGACACCCCGUCAAUGAAACAAGAGAUAGACUGGACGUGGCCAAGAAACAAAGAUUGCAACAAGGUCAGAGAGAAAACUCUCAAUAUGUUGUCAAUUAUUGGACCCAAGUCUACUACUGUAUGAUUCGUGGUUUUCAAAGAGUUAAGGGUGAUUCCACGUAUACCAAGGUCUAUUUAAGUUCUUUUUUGAUUAAAGCUUUGAUUAUCGGUUCUAUGUUCCAUAGAAUUGAUGAUAAAAGCCAAUCUACUACCGCGGGUGCUUAUUCUCGUGGUGGUAUGUUAUUCUACGUCCUGUUGUUCGCUUCUGUUACUUCCUUGGCUGAAAUUGGUAACUCUUUCUCUAGUAGACCGGUCAUAGUUAAACACAAAUCAUAUUCUAUGUACCACUUGUCUGCUGAAUCGUUACAAGAGAUCAUUACUGAAUUUCCUACUAAGUUUGUCGCUAUUGUGGUGUUAUGUUUAAUUACCUACUGGAUUCCAUUCAUGAAAUAUGAGGCUGGUGCUUUCUUCCAAUAUAUUUUAUAUCUACUGACUGUGCAACAGUGUACUUCUUUCAUUUUCAAGUUUGUUGCCACUAUGAGUAAAUCUGGUGUCGAUGCUCAUGCUGUCGGUGGUUUAUGGGUCCUGAUGCUUUGUGUGUAUGCUGGUUUUGUCUUGCCAAUUGGUGAAAUGCAUCAUUGGAUUAGAUGGAUUCAUUUUAUUAAUCCUUUAACUUACGCUUUUGAAAGUUUAGUUUCCACUGAAUUCCAUCAUAGAGAAAUGUUGUGUAGCGCUUUGGUGCCAUCUGGUCCAGGUUACGAAGGUAUUUCUAUUGCUAAUCAAGUGUGCGAUGCUCCUGGUGCAGUUAAGGGUAACUUAUAUGUUAGCGGUGACUCUUAUAUCUUACACCAAUACCAUUUCGCAUAUAAGCACGCCUGGAGAAAUUGGGGUGUGAACAUUGUGUGGACCUUUGGUUAUAUUGUAUUCAAUGUUAUCUUGUCAGAAUAUUUGAAACCUGUUGAAGGAGGUGGUGAUUUGCUGUUAUUUAAGAGAGGUCACAUGCCAGAGUUGGGUACUGAAAAUGCGGAUGCAAAAACCGCUUCUAGAGAAGAAAUGAUGGAGGCUUUGAACGGUCCAAAUGUCGAUUUAGAAAAGGUCAUUGCAGAAAAGGAUGUUUUCACCUGGAAUCAUUUGGACUACACUAUUCCGUACGACGGAGCUACAAGAAAAUUAUUGUCAGAUGUUUUUGGUUACGUUAAGCCUGGUAAGAUGACUGCCUUGAUGGGUGAAUCUGGUGCUGGUAAAACUACUUUGUUAAAUGUUUUAGCUCAAAGAAUCAACAUGGGUGUCAUUACCGGUGAUAUGUUAGUCAAUGCCAAGCCCUUGCCUGCUUCUUUCAACAGAUCAUGUGGUUACGUUGCACAAGCCGAUAAUCAUAUGGCCGAAUUAUCCGUUAGAGAAUCCUUGAGAUUUGCGGCUGAGUUAAGACAGCAAAGCUCUGUUCCAUUAGAGGAGAAAUACGAAUACGUCGAAAAAAUUAUCACAUUACUAGGUAUGCAAAACUACGCUGAAGCCUUAGUUGGUAAGACUGGUAGAGGUUUAAACGUUGAACAAAGGAAAAAGCUAUCUAUUGGUGUUGAACUGGUUGCUAAACCAUCAUUACUAUUGUUUUUGGAUGAGCCUACUUCCGGUCUGGACUCCCAGUCUGCUUGGUCUAUUGUUCAGUUUAUGAGAGCAUUGGCUGAUUCUGGUCAAUCGAUUUUGUGUACUAUUCAUCAACCUUCUGCUACCUUGUUUGAACAGUUUGAUAGAUUAUUAUUGUUAAAGAAAGGUGGUAAAAUGGUUUACUUUGGCGAUAUUGGUCCAAAUUCUGGAACCUUAUUGAAGUAUUUUGAACGUCAAUCUGGUAUGAAGUGUGGUGUUUCUGAGAAUCCAGCAGAAUAUAUUUUGAACUGUAUUGGUGCCGGUGCCACCGCUAGUGUUAACUCUGAUUGGCAUGACUUAUGGCUUGCUUCCCCCGAAUGUGCCGCUGCAAGGGAAGAAGUUGAAGAAUUACAUCGUACUUUACCUGGUAGAGCUGUCAAUGAUGAUCCUGAAUUAGCUACAAGGUUUGCUGCCAGUUACAUGACUCAGAUCAAAUGUGUUUUACGUAGAACAGCUUUACAAUUCUGGAGAUCGCCUGUCUAUAUCAGGGCCAAGUUUUUUGAAUGUGUUGCCUGUGCUUUGUUCGUUGGUUUAUCAUAUGUCGGUGUAAAUCACUCUGUUGGUGGUGCCGUUGAGGCAUUUUCGUCUAUCUUCAUGUUAUUAUUGAUUGCUCUGGCUAUGAUCAAUCAACUGCACGUUUUCGCUUAUGAUAGUAGAGAAUUGUAUGAGGUCAGGGAAGCUGCUUCGAACACUUUCCAUUGGAGCGUCUUAUUAUUAUGUCAUGCUGCUGUCGAAAACUUUUGGUCUACGCUCUGUCAAUUUAUGUGUUUCAUUUGUUAUUACUGGCCAGCUCAAUUCAGUGGACGUGCAUCUCAUGCAGGUUUCUUCUUCUUCUUCUACGUUUUAAUUUUCCCAUUAUAUUUUGUCACGUAUGGUCUAUGCAUUUUGUACAUGUCUCCUGAUGUACCUUCUGCUUCUAUGAUUAAUUCCAACUUAUUCGCUGCUAUGUUGCUGUUCUGUGGUAUUUUACAACCAAGAGAGAAAAUGCCUGCCUUCUGGAGAAGAUUGAUGUACAAUGUAUCACCAUUCACCUACGUGGUUCAAGCAUUGGUUACACCGUUAGUUCACAACAAGAAGGUUGUUUGUAACCCCCAUGAAUACAACAUCAUGGACCCACCAAGCGGGCAAACUUGCGGUGAGUUUUUAUCCACUUACAUGGACAAUAAUACGGGUUAUUUGGUAAAUCCAACUGCUACCCAAAACUGUCAAUAUUGUCCAUAUACUGUUCAAGAUCAGGUUGUGGAGAAAUACAAUGUCAAAUGGGAUCACAGGUGGAGAAACUUUGGUUUUAUGUGGGCCUAUAUUUGCUUCAAUAUCGCCGCUAUGUUGGUCUGCUACUAUGUUGUAAGAGUUAAGGUUUGGUCCUUGAAGUCUGUUUUGAAUUUCAAGAAAUGGUUUAAUGGACCAAGAAAGGAAAGACAUGAAAAAGAUACCAACAUUUUCCAAACAGUUCCAGGUGACGAAAGUAAAAUCACAAAGAAAUAG